AAUCUAAUAUUUCAAAUAAAACCCUCAAUUAAACAUUAAUUACGAAUCAAUCCCCAAAACUCUACACGUCUUAAAGAUUCGAUCUUUCAUUUUAUCUGGUUUCAAUUUCAAAUUCCCUUUUCUCGAUUUUUGCGAACCUCUCCAAUGGAAGAAGACGCUAACAACAGUAUCGUGGCAAAGGAGAAGCUGGAUCUGGUAGCCACCUGGGUCGGCUCCACCGUCUCCUCCGCCUUCUUCUCCUCUCUCGAACGAUUCUCCUGCGUCAACGUCACCACCGACGACGACGAAGAAGAAGAAGACGACGACGACGGAGAAGAAAAAGAAGAAGCCAAUUCGGUAAAGAACCCUCCUUUAUCCGUAACAGAACAGACCCAGGUCCAAAACGACGACGUUUCCAAGCUCCCUGUUUGAAUUGGUCUUCGGUAUUUCUCAAUUCUGAAACCAGUUGUUAAUUACUCGAUUAGGGUUUGUGGAAUUAGGGAAAUUGAUUUGCUUUUAUUAUAUAUAUAUAUAUUUGUGAAUGUGUAAUAACAAUAAUAAAAAAAUGAUUUUUUUUUUAAUCUUUAUUAGUAAUUUUUCUUUUGGGGUAUGUUGGUUUUGAUUAUGUAAAAUUUUCAUAACUAAUUAAAGUAUGUUUUUCUUCAAA